AUGGGCGAUUCGACCAAAGAACGAAAAUACAUUGAUAUCGGUAUCAAUCUUGGAGACCCUGUAUUCAGGGGCAAGUACCACGGUAAAAAUGUCCACGAGGAUGAUCUACAAGAUAUAAUCGAUCGAGCCGUUGAGGUUGGCUGCCGAAAGUUCAUGAUCACUGGCUCGGACUUGCAUGAGUCUCGGCAUGCCGUGGACCUAGCCCGGGAACACUCAGGACUAUGCUACGCUACUGUUGGCGUACAUCCGUGUUCCGCAAAACUCUUUGACUCCUACGCUGGAGGGCCAGAGAAGUAUCUAGCCGAGAUCAAGGCCCUGGCAAUGUCAGCCAAGGAGUCAGGACAUGCCGUUGCCUUUGGAGAGAUUGGUCUAGACUACGAUCGACUGUUCCUCUCCCCCAAGGAUCAGCAGCUAAAGUAUUUUGAGGCUCAACUUGAAGUAGCUGUGGAGGUGCAGCUGCCUCUUUUCUUGCACUCACGAGCAGCUAGCGAAGACUUUGAACGGUUGCUCUCUGCCCGGCUGCCACAGCUCCCUAAGGGAGGAUUAGUGCAUAGCUUCACUGGAACAAUCGAGGAAAUGCAACGACUUGUAGCUCUUGGGUUGGAUCUCGGGGUUAACGGGUGUAGCUUGAAGACCGAUGAGAACCUGGAAGUGGUCAAAGCCAUGCCCUUGGAUAGGAUUCAGAUUGAAACUGAUGGGCCUUGGGUAUCGCACCGCUCCUUCCUUUCUGCCUUCCGAGAGUUUUGUUAUUUACUAAACCAUCUUUGCUUUGUCUAG